UUACAAACUUUUGGCAGUAUAGUCUAUAUGCUAUAGGACAAUCUUUAAACCUUUACAAUGUUUAAAAAUGCAUAUCAAGGAUCAAACAAUGCUUUAUCUGUACACGUAAAAUGUUUUUCUAAAAAAUCUACAUACAAAUGUAAUGCUGUGCUAAAAAUUCUGGUCUGAAUAAGCCAUUCAAGACAAAUAUAGAAUAGGUUUGUUAUCAAAAAACGUACGUGUAUCAACCCAUGGGGUCCUGAAUGUUACUCUGAAACGUAGCACCUACCUAUCAUUGUUGCAGACCCAGUACAUGCCUUUCAUGGGAAACGGUAAUCCCUAAUGCCUCAAUGGGAUAAAGCGACUUUGCUCAUCCACACUGCCAAACAAAUGUUCAAGAAUGUUCUGAGGAACGUGACAAACAGCUCAUGGUGUUGACUUGGCCUCAAAAUCUCAAUCCAAUCGAGCAUCUGUGGGAUGUGCUGGACAAACAACAGUCCGAUCUGCGGAGGCCCCACCUCACAAACGUACAAGACUUAAAGGAUCUGCUUGCUUACGACUUGGUCGCAGAUACACCAGAGCACCUUCAGAGGACUUGUGGAGUCUAUACCUCGACAGGCCAAAGCUGGUUUGGUGGCACAAGGAGGACCAACACAAUAUUAGGUAGACAGGAUGUGGAUACUUCGAAAAGUCCAAGAGCGUGCCGAGUGCCUUCCAUUGGAGAUAAGCCAACUUGUGGGUAAAAACAAAGAUGAGAUCUCAGCCAAGGCGAACCUUCUCAACAAGCUCCACAGCAAUGUCCUGACACCAGAUAAAAUUCCCGACUUCUUCUUGCCACCCAGGCUGAGCAGGUGCUCUCUAGUUGCAGUUGAGGGCAUCGUUUCACACUGUCUUAGUGAAACUGAUGCUAACUGCAAAAAAACCCAACCAGUUUUUCAAACAAAUUCUGGCACAAGCACUACAGUGUUGAAGACAGAUAAAAACAACAACACCAGGGUGGUGACGAGAGGCCAAAUAAAGCCAAUUCCGUUUUCACUUAAAAAUUACGAGUCUGGUUUUUUUGAGAGUCCAAACACUCGGCGCAAGGAAUCAUUGUUUCACUCUGCACAGUCCAGCUACACACUUGAGAGGGUGGCCCACAGGCCAAAUCUGCCUUCUAUAACGCUGCUUAAAGUGGGCAGCAUGGAGAGUGACACCAGUUCUUCUGCUGACUCCUCCCCUCACAACUCACCACUCCCGAUCAGGAGCAAACAUGAGACACGUUUAUCUUCGAAAGAAUCUUUUCAUAAAGAUGAUUUACUGCACUCCAAAAACACAAUCAAAUUCACAAGAGACAGCUAUUUUGCUCAGCCUGCUUCUUCAACCUUAGCUCCACCUCUUCAAUUCACCUUGGACAUGUUACAUUGUCAGGAAUGCCUCCAUAGCGAGCAUAUCCUACUCCUCCCACGCAGGGGAUGCAUUCGUCUCUCGGCCUCUCAUGCCAGCAUGGAUGGGGAUCUAUCCACCAUUCGAAUUCGUAUAAUCUCCGUGGAGGACCUGCGUGAACCAGGUGACCUCCGACCACUGAACUGUGGUCUGACUUUGAGUUUAAGUCCAGGAAAGCUGCAGCGGCAGCACAGCGCUAUCAUCAGGAAUUGCCGCAACCCCGUGUUCAACGAGGACUUCUUCUUUACAGAACCAGAAGGAGAAGAGAAAGGGAUGAGGAACUUUGCAGUCAGGGUCAAGGUGCUGGAGAAGACCUCUGGUCUGAGAAGGGCUUCAGUCCUUGGGGUUAUUGUCAAGCCACUUGCUGAGCUUCUAGCACUCUAGUAGCAUUACUAAAAAUCUUUCCAUCACUAUGUAAAUGACAAUGAUAUUUGAUAAUUGGAUCAUUUUGACCUAAGAGUAGAAUGCCAUGUUUUUAAAAAAAUACCAAACAAGAGUUAGUAUUGCUGCCUCACAGUUUCUUGGUCCCAAACUGAUACUGAGAUUGGGUUAAAAAAACAUAUUCUCGCGUGUGUGCAAUCAAAUUCUAUAAUUGGGUUAAAAAACCAUAUCCAUAGUGUUUUUCCACCAUGUGUCCAGUGUUUCAUCAGCAUGUGGCCUUGACCAGGUAAAAGUGCUUACUGAAACUAAAUACAGGUAGUCGUUGACUUACAACCACGAUUGGGACCGACAGACCGGUCGUAAGUAGAGUAGAGUAGGCUAUAUGUACAGUACUGUGAAAUUAUGCCGGAAGCUGGUACACAUUGUCGUACGCCGCGGCUAGCGAUUGUGAUCGUAAGUUGCAUAGGUCGACAACUACCUGUAAAUGUCUAAAUGAAUGAACGAAUGAAUAAAUGAAUGAAUGAUUAACCUCCAAUAUUUAAGCAUGUACUCUUCCAUACAGCAAAUUUUGCUCGCAAUAUAUUACAAGUAAGACAGAUAAGGAUAGCAUAUACAGUAUACAGUAAUCCCCCGUUUAUCGCGGUGGUUACGUUCCAAAACCGCCCGCUAUAAACUAAAAAAACCAAACCAAAACCUCUAAAAUGCUUUUUUAUUAAUAAAAUGUAUUAUUUCAACAUAAAACUCCAUUAAAACAAUUCCCUAUAAGUUUUUUUGGUCUAUCGUGCUAGCAGCAAGAGACCGGGAAAGUGCAAUGCAAUUCCGCGAUAAACCGAGACUUGCAUCAUGGUAAAGCGGGGGAUUACCGUAUUUUUUUUAAUGGCAAAUUUUCACAUACGGCAACAUUAAUCUGGUACAUAAUCCUAGGACCUUUAAUCAUAAUUAAUAUCAUUAUUAGUUUCAUUGACUUUGUUUUUCUUGUUGUGUCAAGUAUGUUGCGUUUUUGUACUGAUGUCUAACGUAUUUAUUUGUAAAGCGUCAUACAGUAUUUAUUGCGAAGUAUCAAAAUGAAAACGUGUGCAUAUCAUGUAAUCAUUUAAGUAAAACAAAGAAAACCAUUCAAAACUAGAAUGUUUAUGUACAUAUGCAAAGCUUUGAAGAAAUAUUAUGAUGUCACAAUGUGUUUGAAGAGACUAUGCACAUUAUACUGUUUAUGCGUAUGUGAUUAUGACAGAUUUGAUUGUUUGUGUACAUUGAAAAUAAUGUGUAUUUUGUAUGUUAUGAAGACCAUUAAAACAUUUUUAGUAUUA